AUUCAGUGGUACUCACACUUCACUGACUCUGCACACACACAGGGUGGACACACACUCACCGCACACCUAGAAACACACACAGAGGCUCAUUUAGAUAAACCUGCGACGAUGCCUUGUGUCAGCUCUCAACUCGACCAGAUGGUGAAGAUGCCUUGUAGCUUCAGCUCCUUGGUGGAUAAAUUCCUCAUGGUAGAACAGAUCCUGUCAGAGUUCAGGCUGAAUACGGAAGAGCUUAAAGAAGUGAUGAAGAGGAUGCAGCAUGAGAUGGAAAGAGGACUGCGUUUAGAGACACACGAAGAGGCCAGUGUCAAAAUGCUUCCAACUUAUGUCUGCUCCACCCAUGAGGGGUCAGUGUGUGUUCUGACAGAGGUGGGAGAUUUCCUGGCUCUGGACCUGGGGGGCACCAACUUCCGUGUGAUGCUUGUAAAGGUGGGUGAAGAUGAGGAGAGAGGCUGGAAGGUGGAGACCAAGAACCAGAUGUACUCCAUUCCUGAAGAUGCCAUGACAGGCACUGCUGAAAUGCUAUUUGACUACAUAGCAGAGUGCAUGUCAGACUUUUUGGACAAACAUCAUAUAAAGCACAAGAAGCUUCCUCUGGGUUUUACCUUCUCCUUCCCUGUACGGCACGAGGACAUUGAUAAGGGUAUCCUGAUUAACUGGACCAAAGGCUUCAAGGCUUCUGGGGCAGAAGGGAACAACAUUGUGGGUUUACUCAGAGAUGCUAUCAAGAGACGAGGGGACUUUGAGAUGGAUGUGGUUGCCAUGGUGAAUGACACAGUAGCCACCAUGAUUUCCUGCUAUUACGAGGAUCGCAGCUGCGAAGUCGGGAUGAUUGUUGGCACUGGCUGCAAUGCAUGUUACAUGGAGGAGAUGAGGACUGUGGAGCUGGUGGAAGGGGAGGAGGGCCGGAUGUGUGUGAACACAGAGUGGGGGGCGUUCGGAAACAACGGGGAGCUGGAGGAGUUCAGGCUGGAGUACGACAGAGUGGUGGACGAAACCUCAAUUAACCCCGGAAAGCAGCUAUAUGAGAAGCUGAUCAGUGGAAAGUAUAUGGGCGAGCUGGUCAGGCUUGUUCUGAUGAAGCUGGUGAAUGAAAACCUUCUUUUUAAUGGCGAAGCGUCAGAGCUGCUGAAGACACGCGGCAGCUUUGAGACGCGCUACGUCUCACAGAUGGAGAGUGACACUGGGGACAGAAAACAAAUCUACAACAUCCUGUCCUCGCUGGGUGUCCUGCCUUCAGAGCUGGACUGUGACAUUGUGCGUCUGGUGUGUGAGAGUGUUUCCACUCGCUCUGCUCACAUGUGCGGUGCAGGGCUCGCUGGUGUGAUCAACCUGAUGCGGGAGCGACGCAGCCAGGAGGCCCUGAAGAUCACAGUUGGGGUUGACGGGUCCGUCUACAAGCUGCACCCAUGUUUCCGUGACAGGUUCCACAAAAUCGUCUGGGACCUCACGCCUCACUGUGAGAUCACCUUCAUCCAGUCGGAGGAGGGGAGCGGUCGUGGAGCCGCCCUUAUCUCCGCCGUGGCCUGUAAGAUGGCUGCAUGCUGACGCAGUACAGGGAGCCGUGUGCACUGAGCUGCCUCCUAAAAGGAGGGCAGUGAAGCAAGCCCGAACUCUGAUCUGAGAACAGUGAUGACAUGUCGUCCACAGUUGGCAGCUCUGGCCUUUUUCAGGCUUUGAAGGACGUGUGACAGCAAACUGGACACUCACAGCUGGACGAUACGGACAAGAAAGCAACUUGUAUUAUACUGUAUUUGGUAGCAUUAGACCAACUUGUAGCAAUUUCAGUGUUUCUCAACUUGUUGAUAGUGUUUGGGUAUGACCUGAUGUAUUAUUUAAUGAUAUAUUGUAAUACCCGUGCAAAUGUCUUCAUAUAUAACACAAGGAUUCUUUUUGCGAAUGCUGUUGUAAACUAUGACUAAAUUACCUUUUCUGCCAAGUAAUUCUUGUUUGUGAGCAAUAAAAUAUCUCUUUGGUUUUGUACAUUCAAAUUUUAUGUUUACAACUGUGUUAGCCAGUAGGUUGUGCAUGAUGAAAAUGAAAUGUGAAUAAGCUUAAUUGUAAAUAAAAUUGCUUAAUUAAAUUAAACUCUUAUACUUUAAA